ACACACCACACCACACUUCAAUUCAUAACCAUGCGGCCGCUCGUCGGUCAGCACCAGCUUCACUGAGCACAUCAUGGCUCGGGACGAGCAGGAUGAAGCCAGGCUGGCGCGCGCACACAGCGUCUUCAUCCGCCUCGCCCUCCCUCCCUACACCAUCCACUUCAAAUCCCCCACCUACCUCCAGCCCAGCACGCUCGAUCUGCUCGACAAGAAGGUGUGCAAAGAGACUUUGAAGACUACAGGCCAGAUCAAGGCAGUUCGACUAGCAAUCGGCGGCGAUGGCAAGUUCUGGGCCGAACUCGUCCUCCUAUUAAGAGCUGCUGUGCCGAGUCUCGAGCGGAGGAGUUUUAGCGUCUGGGAUCCGAGCAGCGUGGACUAUGAGAGCACGAGCGGCGCCUUGAUCGCUGCCAACUAUCCAGGACUAUGGCGCGAUCUGGAUCGACUCAACGACUUCAUCAGCAUCAUGCGCAAUCUCAUGACGGUCGGUGCAACGGCGCAAGACUUGGCGGCAGAGCACACCGUGGACUACGAGGUCUUCCGACUCAUCAACUGCUGUGUCCGAGUUACCGCUCGUGGUUAUGAUGGGGAUUCAGGGACAGGGGAAGAGGAGAAAUGGCAGUGGAUCGUCAACGCCUACAAGAAGCUGCUCAUCACCAGCCUGCAAUUCCUGAACAAUUUCUCCGUGCGCAACGAGGAGCGCCAGCUCGCGCUGUGGGUAUCUUUGUUCGACGGUGGAGUGGAUCUAUACGGUCUGGACCACCGGUCGCAAGGCCCCGAGCAGUCUCCUCCGACAGAACAAAGCGAGCCAGCAGUUGGGAAAGUGCUCCCCGCAAGGCCUACUCCACCCGUCACUGGACAGGACAUCUUGCUAGCUUAUGGCACGGAUGGCAACUCACGCGUGUCUCCGCUGGAGUGCGAAGCUGCCAUUCCCAUCUACAAAGAACGAGGCCAAACCUUCAAGCCUUUGCCUCCACAAAUCAAUGCUUUGGUCAAGAAGAAUAGCUUCGUGCCGAACGGCUAUGCGUACUUCACCCAUCUUCGCCAUGCUACUGUCCUCUCGAUAUAUCAGCAAGAACAUGCGCGCAGUCCUUCUUUGGGAGAGAUUCAUCGCGCCAUGCCGACUUUAUGGGAGGAGGAGAGGGCGAAGGAGAAUCGAAGUGAGAAGAUGAUGUGGGAGUACUGGCAGGCCCAGUUCAAUCAAGCAUAUGUGAACUACACCCGCGCACUGGAAGCUUUUGAAGAGAAGAUGCUUGCUCCAAGUCCAGAUCCUCCUGCAGAGCAAAAUGCUUCGGAACCCUCAACAGGAACUCCUGCGCAACCGACAUCUCCAGUUCAUGGGGAGACUUUCGAAGAUAAGAUCAAGACCAUCGUGGAUCAAUUGACGGAGAGGUAUAGAGCGGAAUGGGAAGCUGCACUGGCGAGCGGCGAUACGGACACUUGUAGGACGAUUUCCGAAGGCUUGAACUCCCUGCGGCAAUUUCGUACGGCAGAAGCGUCCAAGACUCCGGUGGAGAUUGAAGAUCUCCGCAUGAAUGUCACUGCCGAGACUGGCGUCAAAGUCCUUGAGAAUGGAAAGGCGGAACUGAUGAAGAAGCUGGAAGGCUAUGCCCGCGAGGAUCUUGCUGCGGGCGAGGAUUCUUCCAGACACUCCCCAUCACCUGAGCAGAAUAGAAGACGGAGAAGUGCGCAGAGCCUGUCUGAUGCCUUUGCCACCGAUAGUCUGGGUAGCGAGGAGGAGGAAGAGGAGGAAGAAGGGAGUGAAGAGGACGAUGAUGACGAUUAUCCUGCUUCCAGUGAGGACGGAAGAGGUCUGUUGACCGACGUGCCUCUAAUUCUAGGACCGAACGAAAUCGAAACCCUGCCGAUGCUGGUCAUGAGCGCCAUUGUCCCCGAUCCGAAGGACGAUUUGCCGCCGCAGAAGGAUUCGGCGGUCGACUACACUCCCAACUCACUGCGCACGCUUCGCACACAUCUCCUGCUUUCUCAAACUGCCGGACGAAACCUACUUCGCGAACUUCUUAUCUUCGUGGCAGCAUGGGACCUUCGAGAAGGCGAGCUGUACUUCAAAUUCAUGGUCAAAGUGAUGGAGUCCAUCCUCAAGAAUGGACUCAUGCCGUACGCCUACCACGCCUUUCGCGACCGCAGUCGCAGCAAGGACAUCAUCUCUCCUGCGCAGGCUGUCAUUAUGAAAUUGCUUACUUGCAUCUUUCGGGAACGCAACUCCGGGACCAAGGAGAUGCAGCAAAUACCCAACAAGGAAAGCAUCACAGUCACUGUACCGCCUCCACCACCCGGCAAAGUCGAACUGCACAUUCUCAAUUUCGUCUUUACGGAGUUCCGCCAACACAUCAUUCCCCAAACAUGUGCUCUGAUCUUUCUACAAGGUCAGAUCCAUAAAGGGAGAGCAAGCCCCGACGAUUUCCCGCUCAACUUGUGGGAUAUGGAAAGGAUGUACGAAGGUGUCUACCAAUUCCUCGAGUUCUUUGCUGUUCUGGCCGAGGAGCAGGUCGGCGGGCGCAUGCCUGCGGACAUGGACAAGGAGCUGGGUGAAAGAUUCUCGUGGAAGAAGAUUCUUGCCAAUUGGGAAAUGGCUUCCGAAUUGGUAACUCUCUUGCGAGAGCUAGAAGGCGGCAUCCCGAAGAUGGUCAGCUCCAUGGCCCAGGUGUCGAAACGCAUGGCGCCUCCGGCUUUGCCGCAGAGAAGCCUCUCCGCAGACGCGGCAACGAUGCCGACUGUCUCUGUCGACCGUCCAUUCGAGCUAGACGACUCUGCCCUCCCACCCCUACCAUCAAGUGCAUCCGGUCAGAUCUUCGAAGCCGAGACACCCCUCGCAUAUCCAGAAGAUCCAAUAGUCCCCACCACCGUCCACGACCAAGACGAGCCCUCCGAUUUUGAGUGGCGCAACCUCAAGAAACUCACAGUCCUCGUGCUCAGCUCGUUGAUCUGGAAGAACAAGCAAGUCCAAGAUCAAGUGCGUCAAUGCGGCGGUCUAGAGGCACUCGUAAGUUGCUGCAAACCUGACGAACACAACCCCUACAUACGCGAGCAUGCCAUCAUGUGUCUGCGCUUCGCCGUCGAAGGCAACGACCAGAACAUCGAAGUCAUCCGCAACAUGGCGCGCGGCUACGGCACCCAAGCUCGCAGCGCCAGCGCCAGCGCCGGCCUCCUCCAAUCCGCCGAUGCCAUCUCCGUCCCCCGCGAAGUCCUCGACACCAACGGCUACGAAACCUUCAUGGACAGCAAAGGCCAAGUGGGCCUCCGACGGAAAGACAAACCCGCCGCACCUCCCCCCUCCACCAUCCAACCCCCGCGCCCACAGCUCCCCGCCGCCGCCACCGCCGCCACCGCCAGCCUUGAAAAGUCGCUCGCGGAGUUUAGUAGUGUGUCCGGGUUGACGGCCGAGAAGGCGGCGGAGUUGAUGCAGAAUGCGCUGCGCGAUUUGCCGCUGGGCGAGAAGCUGGUGACGAGUCGGCAGAAGGCGGAGGCGCUGGCGAAGCUGGAUAAGGCUUUUGAGAGUAGUGAGAAGGCUUUGGGGAAGGGGAAGAAGGGGUGAGCGGAGGAAUGGCCUUUCUCUGGCCGCUUGUUGGAAAAGUCGAUCUUUACCUCUCGUUGGACUGUAGCGCUCGAUUGGGCUGCAAUCAUUGGUAUUAGAUACGGAUUGGUUGGUGGCAGUAUCUGGUGAUGCUGGUGGGUAGCACGUGGGGUGUGAACCCUCUCAUGAAUUGUUUGCUGAUCUCUAGUAGAUGGCUUCAUCGAUCACUACACGGCAUCACGAUUGGAACGCAGGACCAGCGACUUCGUGGUACUCGCUCCGCUGGAUGAUGUAUGCGCUGGCCCGGUCAUACAGAUAUGGCUUCCGCGAAUA